GGACAUCCUUUGGAAAAUUUGCUCCUUUUUUUUCUUUCCAGUUCGAGCUUUCGAUUGGCCUUCCUUUUCACAGAGAGACCAAUGGUAGACUUCACAUCGUCACAUGUAUCAUGAGAAUUCCCCGAGGUCAGACACCAAUACGCCAGAAUUUAGCUAGUUGCUGAGAUAAGAUGGACCCCUCUUCGUUGUGAAUAAUUCGCACCGCGAUACGGAGUAAUGAUCAACCAACGUUGUUCGAGCGGUUGUGGAUAAGGAGCCCGUUAUUUCGAACAACACACUCGUGCCUUCUCCCGAAAACUCCUUUGUUUCCCCAUCAUUUCGUCAUGCGGCUUGACUCCUGGACGACAUCGGACGAAAGCCGGUGGAUAUCUGUACUGGGUUGAUCGCACGGGAGUGACGGAAUAUUUCCAAUUCCCACUCUGUCGGCAAAUCGUCCGGAGCUCAGGUGAUCCAACUUGACUUAGGCUCGUUCCACCAGAAUGCAGGAGAUGCAGCCACAUCUGAAAGUGACAACUUGUCACGUCUUUUUUUUUUUGACAUUAUUAUCCGGCCCCAUUUCAUCAUCCAGAGACGGAGACCUACUCGUCUUUGGUUUGGCUGCUUGUUUGCUGCGGGACAGUAAGCGCCGAGUUAGGGUUCCUCCCGGCGAAGCUUCGGAACUGGAAUCCGCUUGGAGUUCAGGUCUGCGGGAUCUUCCAACUGACAGGGCCACAACGAAGAUCAUUCGCGAUAAACAACCUAACCCACCAAGGAUGCAAAAAUACCAGCGUGCAAGCAUUGAGGUGCAUGUGGGCGGCCUUUUAACACUGUCAAGAGAAGAAGCCAGCAAUUGCGUACUCUGCCCUGUCGAGGUGUGAAUCUUAUGGGUGGGGUGAGCCAGCACUCUGCAUGAGGCCCGACUACGUAUUGCGGAGAAAUGCGACCUGCCAUUCCAAAUGUUCCUGUGCUCGGCGGGAUGCGUUGGCAUCAUUCGUCAAGGGCCGAAUAACCACCUUGCAAAAUAUGUUGCUCAAAGCCUGCGUCACAGAGAGUUGCUGAAGCUUAUUGAACAAAUGUAGAGUGGACCCGUCCAGCCUGCUAAGUAUGCACGUUGGAACGAUCCUGGAUCAAGGGAUAAUGGCUGCACUGGACGUUGAUGUCACAAAUGGGCGACAUUUCUGCUUAAUUCUUAUGACGGGGUGCCCUGUCUCGCAUCUCCUUUUUUUUUUUUUACCCCGGC